AUGGUGUACAUGUGAUAAAUAACACUUCCCGGACACUAAACAAGGAUUGCAUGAAUGGCCUUACUUGUUCCUUUGUGAUCCAUUCAAAAUGAUGCAGCAGCGUUUGAACGGGUUGAAAAGCCGCAGUGAUGAAUCAAGGCUUCAAGCGGCCAAAGAUCUGCAGCAUUAUGUGUCUACAGAACUCCGCGAAGCUUCUGCCGAGCAGUACACGAGUUUUAUGGACGAACUUAAUCAUCACAUUUUCGAAAUGGUGUCGAGUUCUGAUGCGAAUGAAAAGAAAGGAGGAAUUAUGGCAAUUGUGGCUCUUAUUGGCAUCGACAAUGGGAAUACCACAAAAAUGAGCAGGUUUGCCAAUUACUUGAGAAACCUGUUACCGUCAAAUGAUCAAGUUGUGAUGCAGAUGGCUUCCAAGGCUAUGGGAAGAUUAGCUCUUACAGGAGGGACGUUUACUGCUGACUAUGUGGAGUUCGAGGUGAAGAGAGCGUUGGAGUGGCUUGGAGGUGACAGGAAUGAAGGUCGUCGACAUGCUGCUGUGUUGGUCUUGAAGGAACUGGCACUGAAUGCUCCAACGUUCUUCUUUCAACAAAUUCAGCCUUUUUUUGAGAAUAUUUCAAAUGCUGUACGAGACCCAAAGCAAGCAAUCCGUGAGGGUGCAGUGGAAGCCUUGCAAGCCUGUCUUGUUAUUUUGGCUCAGAGAGAAACAAAGGAAAUUCAACAACGCCCCAUCUGGUACACUCAAAUCUAUUCUGAGGCAAAGAGAGGGUUUGAGGACACUCUUAACACCAAAGAAAAGGGUGUUGUUCUCACAAAAGAUGACAAAGCUCAUGGAUCUCUGCUUAUAAUGAAUGAACUGAUAAGAAGUGCAAGCAUUGAAGGAGAGAGAGCCAAACAGGAAUUAGAAGAAAUCUACUGUGAUCAAACCCAAACUCAAUUUAGUCUGGAUGAUCUAGGCAUUAAUUCUCCCAAGAGUAAGUUUGCUCUGCAGACUGGGUACCAACAUCAGAGAUCAUUGGCUUUACUUGGAGGGGGAGGGAUGGCGGAAACUAUCUGUCAUAGUAAAGUUUGUAAAGAUUUCAUGGAUGACCACUUUGAAGAGGUGUGCAAACUGGUUCUAAGAUACAAAACAACACGGAACAGCUCCAUCCAACAGAUGCUAUUGACCAUUCUGCCCAGACUUGCUGCAUUUCAACCAAAACGAUUUGUUAAAAGAUACCUCAGAGAGACUAUGGACUAUUUAAGUGUCGCUCUUAGAAGAGAAAGAGAGCGGUCUUCAGCUUUCAAAGCAAUUGGAUUGAUAGCCAUUGCUGUACGACAAGAUGUUGAGAAGCACAGGGGACCUGUGUUUGAGCAAGUCAAAGUUCUUCUUCCAAUGAAGGAUCUUGGGCAUAAGCGUCAAAAAGCAGUGACUGUUGAUCCAAUGGUGUUUGCCUGUGUUGCAAUGAUGUCAAGAGCCAUUGGACCAAAGAUCUCAAAAGAAGUUAAAGACCUUUUAGAGCCAAUGUUAUCUGUUGGGCUGAGCCCAGCCCUUACAGCAUGUUUACAUGACUUAGCACACCAGGUACCACAACUAAAGAAAAGUAUUCAAGAUGGUCUCCUCAAAAUGCUCUCUACUAUCUUGAUGAACAAGCCUCCACGACAUCCCGGAGCACCAAGAAAUGCCACGCCUACUUUAACUCCUUCAGCCUCAUCUCAUUCACUGUUUGACACUCUGGAUGUGACCAGCACUGUUUUGGCUUUAAGGACCUUGGGUACCUUUGAUUUUGAUGGACAUCUGCUGGCUCAUGGAAAUCUUGUUCGUCAUUGUGCUGAUACCUUUCUGGCAAGUGAGCAUAAGGAUAUCCGCAUAGAAGCUGUCAGAACUUGCUCUAGGCUCUUGUCACCAUCUCUCCAUCCUAUGGUUGUACCACAUGCUCCUCUUCAUCAUGCCAACAUCAGUGCCAGCUCAACACAAGUUGUGUCUGAGGUGUUGUCUAAGAUGUUGAUGGUGGGAAUAACUGAUCCAGACCCAGACAUUCGUUUCUGUGUGUUGUCAUCCUUGGAUGAGAGAUUUGAUGCACACCUAGCCCAGGCAGAGAACUUAUCGGCUUUGUUUGUGGCUCUUAAUGAUGAGGAGUUUGAAAUUCGUGAACAUGCUAUCUGUACAAUUGGAAGGCUUAGCAGUUUGAAUCCAGCUUAUAUCAUGCCAUCACUGAGGAAAACUCUUAUUCAGAUAUUGACUGAGCUAGAAUACAGUGGAGUGGGACGCAACAAGGAACAGAGUGCUCGUAUGCUGGGUCAUUUAGUAUCCAAUGCACCAAGACUAAUUAGGCCUUAUAUGGAACCAAUCCUCAAGGCGCUGAUUCCAAAGCUAAAAGACCAAGAUCCCAAUGUAGUUAUAAGUGUAUUGGCUGCCAUCGGAGAACAUGCUCAGGUCAGUGGAACAGAGAUGAGCAAGUGGCUGAAUGAACUUUGUCCCAUAAUUCUUGAUAUGCUGCAGGAUGCUUCACUGAACAACAAAAGAGAGAUUGCUCUGUGGACUCUUGGUCAGCUUGUGGAGAGUACUGGAUAUGUAGUAGAACCCUACAGGAAGUACCCUAACCUUUUAGAGGUCUUGUUGAACUUCCUCAAAACAGAACAGGCCAUUGGAAUAAGGCGAGAGGCCAUCCGAGUGCUUGGACUUUUAGGAGCUCUUGAUCCUUAUAAACAUAAACUGAAUCAGACUGGAGGGCUGCUAGUGGGUGGAAACUCUGCCAAAGACUCGACAGAUAAUGAAGCAGCUGAUACUAGCACAAGUGAAAUGUUAGUUACCAUGGGCAGCAUUCAGCUAGAGGAGUUCUACCCGGCAGUGGCUGUGUCUGCUCUCAUGAGGAUCGUCAGGGACUCAUCACUGUCCAGUCACCAUACUAUGGUGAUUCAGGCUGUAACAUUUAUUUUUAAGAGUCUUGGAAUGAAGUGUGUGACCUACCUCUCUCAGAUUAUGCCUUCCUUUUUGAAUGUCAUUAGAACUUGUGAUUCAUCAUUUAGAGAGUUUGUACUCCAGCAACUAGGAGUGCUGAUAUCAAUUGUCAAGCAACAUAUCAGAAACUACUUGGAUGAAAUAUUUGGUCUGAUCAAGCAAUACUGGAUCCUUAACAGUCCAAUGCAGACGACCAUUAUACUGUUAGUAGAACAGAUAGUUACAGCCCUAGGAGGAGAAUUCAAGAUCUACUUGCCGCAGAUUAUUCCUCAGAUACUCAAAGUGUUUAUGCAUGACAACAGCUCUCAAAGGAGUGUCACAACAAAGUUAUUGAAUGCACUUCAGAUGUUUGGUUCCAGCCUCGAUGACUACCUCCAUCUUCUUGUUCCACCAGUUGUCAAACUGUUUGAUUCGUCUGACAUCCCGCUUGUCGUCAGAAGAUGUGCUUUAGAGACUUUGGACCGUCUCAGUGAGUCUCUGGAUCUCACAGACUUUGCGUCACGAAUCAUUCAUCCAAUAAUGAGGACAUUAGACUCAUGCCCAGACCUACGCCAUACAGCUAUGGAUACUUUGUGUUCUCUGGUGUUCCAGUUAGGGAAACAAUAUUCUACAUUCAUUCCCACUGUUCAUAAGGUAAUUGUGAGACAUCGGAUCCAGCACCAACGUUAUGACAUUCUGAUCACUAAAAUUGUGAAGAGCCCUUUUCUGUUGGAUUGGGAGAACGAAGUAUUGUCUCGCCGCCAAAAGGCUGGUAGAGGAAACUUGGCAGAUGACUCCGCUACCAAUGCAGCCAUUGAAGCUGCGAGCAUCAAGAAGCUGACAUUUAAGGCGGACAGUCUUCAAAGGGCGUGGGGGGCAUCAAGGUGCGUGUCAAAGGAUGAUUGGAUGGAAUGGUUGAGAAGACUGAGUGUGGAACUUCUAAAAGAAUCACCUUCACCCGCAUUACGGUCAUGUUGGGCUACAGCACAGACUUACCCCCCUCUUGCAAGGGACCUGUUCAAUGUUGCGUUCGUAUCUUGUUGGUCAGAGCUACACGAAGAACUUCAGAAUGAAUUAGUGAAACACUUGGAGAUGGCCUUGGGAAGUCAAAUCCCAGAAAUCACUCAGACCUUGCUUAAUUUGGCAGAAUUUAUGGAGCACACGGAAAAGGGCGCACUGCCUUUAAACAAUGAUCUGUUAGGUGAACAGGCCUCGAAAUGUCGAGCUUAUGCAAAAGCGCUGCAUUACAAAGAAGAGGAAUUUCACAGAGGACCGACCACUGAGACACUGGAGGCUCUGAUCAGCAUAAACAACAAACUGCAGCAACCACAGGCAGCCCAUGGUGUUUUGGUUUAUGCUAUGAAGAACCACGGAGCAGAUGUGAAAAUUAAGGAGCGCUGGUACGAAAAACUCCAUGACUGGGAGCAAGCGUUGGAAGCUUACAACAAGAAAUUGAUUCAAAAUCCUGAUGAAAUCAACCUCUCCUUAGGACGGAUGAGAUGCCUCGAAGCAUUGGGCGAAUGGGGGGAGCUUCAUCAGGUAGCUGUUGAAAAGUGGCCGGUGGUAAGUGAUGACAUCAGACAACAGAUGGCUAGAAUGGCAGCCGCAGCAGCCUGGGGACUGGGUAACUGGGACAGUAUGGAGGAAUAUACCUGUAUGAUUCCCCGUGAGACACAAGAAGGAGCUUUCUACAGAGCGGCUCUUGCUCUUCAUCAAAACCAUUUCCAACAAGCACAAGGAUGUAUUGACUCAGCACGUGAUGUGUUAGACACGGAGUUAACAGCCCGAGCUGGCGAGAGCUACAACCGAGCUUAUGGGGCUAUGGUGAGCGUACAGAUGUUAUCAGAGCUUGAAGAAAUUAUCCAGUUUAAGUUAGUCCCAGAGAGGAGAGAAGCCAUUAAAAGAACUUGGUGGAACAGGCUGCAGGGAUGCCAGCGAGUAGUAGAAGACUGGCAAAAGAUUCUAAAAGUCCGCUCCUUAGUCCUCUCCCCACAGGAGGACAUGAAAUCAUGGCUGAAGUACUCUAGUUUAUGCCGAAAGAGCGGCCGACUUGCGCUUAGUCACAAGACUCUGGUCAUGCUGCUUGGAACAGAUCCAUCGAAACAAGUUGACCAACCUUUACCAACCACCUACCCACAAGUCACGUUUGCUUACAUGAAGCACAUGUGGAGAGAGAAUAAACAGGAUGACGCUUUCAAACAUCUUCAGUAUUUUGUGCAAAACACGCUGCACCAGCAGGCGUUGUCGUCACUGUCACCUACUGAUGAUGGACAGAAGAGAGAGGAGCUCCUCAAACUUGUUGCCAGGUGUUACCUGAAGCUUGGUGACUGGCAAACAGCUCUUGAGGGAUACAGCGAGAAAUCUAUUCCUCAAAUACUUCAGUAUUAUGCUGCAGCUACAGAAAAUGACAGAAACUGUUACAAGGCAUGGCACGCAUGGGCUUACAUGAACUUUGAAACAGUGUUGUACUACAAAAGUCAACAGUCAGGAACUGAUGGCCCUAAUAAUGGAAACGCUUCCAAAAAUCCUCCGCCGAUGUCGACCUCAUCUGUAGCUAACCCAGUGAUCACAUACGCGGUGCCUGCAGUGAACGGUUUCUUUAAGUCAAUUGCUCUGUCCAGCGGCAAUUCCCUUCAAGAUACCCUCAGAUUGUUGACACUGUGGUUUGAUUAUGGUCACUGGCCUGAGGUUUACGAAGCUCUCGUGGAGGGAAUUAAAACAAUUCAGAUUGACACAUGGCUUCAGGUCAUUCCGCAACUGAUCGCCAGGAUUGAUACUCCUCGCCAACUUGUUGGACGACUUAUUCAUCAGCUGCUCACAGAUAUUGGAAAACAUCAUCCACAGGUAAGUGACGAGCUUAUCCGAGUGGCCAUCUUGUGGCAUGAAUUAUGGCAUGAAGGGCUCGAAGAAGCUUCAAGGCUUUACUUCAGCGAAGGCAAUGUAAAAGGAAUGUUUACCGCUUUGGAGCCGCUGCAUCAGAUGAUGGAGAGGGGACCACAGACUCUCAAAGAAACUUCGUUUAACCAGGCUUACGGCCGGGACCUUAUGGAAGCUCAGGAGUGGUGUAGGAAGUAUCAGCGAUCAGGAAAUGUAAAAGAUCUUACUCAGGCCUGGGAUUUGUACUACUUGGUCUUUAGAAGAAUCUCCAAGCAACUACCACAGUUGACUUCUCUAGAGCUUCAGUACGUGUCUCCCAAAUUGUUGAUGUGUCGGGACCUGGAGCUGGCUGUACCGGGAACCUACGAGCCUCAUAAACCUGUGAUACACAUCAGACAUGUUCAUGCCUCCCUUAACGUCAUUACGUCCAAACAGAGACCAAGAAAACUGUUUAUUACAGGGAGUAAUGGCUCCGAGUUCAUGUUUUUGCUGAAGGGCCACGAAGAUCUUCGGCAGGACGAAAGAGUCAUGCAACUUUUUGGUUUGGUGAACACUCUGUUGGCUGGUGAUCAAGAAACUUCCAAGAGACAUUUGGGAAUUGUGCGUUAUGCAGUCAUUCCGCUGUCAACAAACUCUGGUCUGAUUGGUUGGGUGCCUCACAGUGACACCCUGCACGCCCUCAUCCGGGACUAUCGGGAAAAGAAAAAGAUUCUCCUUAAUAUAGAACAUCGCAUCAUGUUAAGAAUGGCGCCUGAUUAUGACCAUUUGACUCUAAUGCAAAAAGUGGAGGUGUUUGAGCAUGCGCUGUCCAACACCAAUGGAGAUGACUUGGCUAAGCUGUUGUGGCUGAAAAGUCCUAGCUCAGAGGUAUGGUUUGAUCGUCGAACUAACUACACUCGAUCUCUUGCUGUUAUGUCCAUGGUGGGAUAUGUGCUGGGCCUGGGAGACAGGCAUCCAUCAAAUUUGAUGCUGAACCGCUUAAAUGGAAAGAUCGCCCAUAUCGAUUUUGGUGAUUGCUUUGAGGUGGCAAUGACCAGAGAAAAGUUUCCCGAGAAAAUCCCGUUUAGACUGACGAGAAUGUUGACGAAUGCUAUGGAGGUGACUGGUAUUGAUGGAAACUACCGAAUGACGUGUGAAAGUGUCAUGCGAGUUCUGCGGGCUCACAAGGACAGUGUCAUGGCAGUGUUGGAAGCUUUUGUUUACGAUCCCUUACUGAAUUGGAGGCUUAUGGAUUCUACGCCAAAAAUCAAACGCUCCAAGGGCAGAUCUGACACCAUGUCUGAGGGAGGGGAGGAUGUUCUCGAAGGCGUGGAGGUGAAUCCUGAACGCCCCACCAAGAAGCAGUCGACAGAACACAUGCCAUCUUACGAAGAUGAAAGCGGCCCUAAGCCAGAGGCCCUUAACAAGAAAGCUGUCGCCAUUGUUAACCGUGUGAGAGACAAAUUAACAGGAAGCGACUUCACUAGUAAUAACAACCUCGAUGUACCCACCCAAGUUGAUCUUCUCAUCAAACAAGCCACUUCACACGAGAAUCUCUGUCAGUGCUACAUAGGAUGGUGUCCAUUCUGGUGAGCAGAAAAAUACAAAUUUAUAAGGACUACCUUGGAUUCUUACACAGAACAAAUGGCAGAUAUGAUUGUAGUUUCGAAGAAAAGCGCUUGAACGAGUAGCCGACAUCUAAAUAAUUAUUUUCCCUGACUUGUUCUCAGCUCGCCUUGGUGAAAGGGCAUCUGUGCAUGCCCUAAAAUCAAAACAUAACGCCCUUGCUAAAUAUGAAACCGUCGAAAAGAGGGUCAUUAACGGCAACCUCACUGUUAUGAUCUCCGAUUAUGUUUGAAAUGAGUGGUAUUCCUUUAAACUUUAAACGAGUCUCCUUCGCCUUUAUUUCUCAUCUUUUUUUUGUGGAUUGCUGUCGCAUGCAACAGGCAUGAGGUCAGCUGAAACCUUUCCUAGAACUAUCCGAUUACCCGACCAGACGGCGCGUUGCUCGUUUAUUUAAUUUAGUUUUUGUAAAUUGUAUUACACAAAUUUGUAAGUUUUUAUUUUGUUAGUAAAAUAUAGAGAAAGGCUUUAAACUUGCAUCGCACGCUAAUUUACUAUGAGUGACCUUAUUCAGUGCCAACUGUGUUAGAAGAUUAUGACGCUAAAAUAAAAUUUCCAAGUUACUUGCAACAA